UGACGAGGCGCUGCUGCUAAGAACAGACGCGAACGGCAGUGAGCACGAGAGGCGGCCAGCCAUGGCGAGCGGCAAACCGAGGCCGGACGACAAUUACUCCUCCGACGGCGGCGACACCACCGACGCCGACUCCUCCGACGAGUCCCCGCAGCCGCCGCGGAAGGGCCUUCGCGCCAACCCCAUCCUGACGCGCCUCUCCGUGUCGCGGAACCCGAGCCCGCUCUCCGCCGCCACCGCGGCGCCCGGGGUCUGCCUCCUGCGCUUCGCCUGGGAGUCGGCCGCCGGAUCCCUCGUCGGCGCCGUCGUCGGAUACGGAAAAGGUUUGGUUACUGCAAAGGGGUUUAAAGGCUCGUUUGCUGAUGCCGCGUCUUCUGCUAAGAUAUUUGCUGUUCUUGCUGGCGUCCAAAGUUUGGUUUCUUGCUCUUUGAGACAGCUACGUGGAAAAGAUGAUGUUAUUAAUGCAGGAGUUGCAGGUUGUUGCACUGGUCUUGCUUUGAGUUUUCCAGGUGCACCACAAACUCUAAUUCAGAGCUGCCUGGCCUUUGGAACUUUCUCAUACAUCAUAGAAAAGCUCAAUAAACAGCAACCCGCGCUUGCACUCCCGUCAGCCACUGGCUCAAAUGAUCUGAAGGCUGGACAGACUGUUCUUCCUCCCUUCACGCUUCAUAUUCCGCAUGAUGCGAUGGACGGAUUCUCGUCGUUUCAAAACAUUCUGUCGAAGUUCCGAGAAAACAAGUGAACGACCUGGAGACUGUAGCUUCAAUGUUGCACUGUGGGUUGUGGCCAUGUAAAUGCAUCAAGCUGAGCGUUUUGUUUCCUGUUUAGUGUAUCACUAAAGAUGAUUAUUCUACCCUUUUGUUGAACAGUUUUGCAAAUUGCCCUCCAGAAAAGAAAGCAGCUUAGCUUGUGUUCUACCGGAUGAAUAACCUUUUCGAACCUGCAUAGCAGAUUGCCUGAACUUUGUGAUAGUCUUUGCUAGUGAAUCCUCUUGUAUAUAUAUAAGACCCAGUACAGUUUCAUCA